AUGGCGGGUAUGCCGGUACUGGGUAACAGCGUGGGCGCGGGGGAGCUGCGAGAAGAUGCGAGCAAUAGAUCUUCGAGUAGUGGAUCUCGCCGUGGAUCAUCUCCCACAAGGGGUCAGGAGCAAGAAGCGGAUGUCAGCUGCCACAGACCAGACUUGACCAGCUCACUACCAUCUCGACCACGCCCCACCAGCUACGAAAGAGAUUACCGCGAGAAGGUACCUACUGUGGCAACUCUAAGUGGUGCAAAUGUGGUAACACACACAGCUCCUUCAUAUGAGGAGCAGCGCGCUAGCCCCGCACUGCUUAGUAGAAAUGCUGGUGGGACGCCUGGCGGGCGCAGCGUACGGGAUGACGGUUACUGCUCCGCUGGGAGCACGCCCAGGGCUUUCGAUCAUAAGUCAACUAAAAGUUCCGUAGUAACACUGUCAUGUUACAAAAAGGAGCCUAAAACUCAAAUUGAGGAAGAAGUGUACUACAGCGAACCUUCUAAAAGGGUUCGAGGGAAUAGUGUUGCUAAGGCAGAAAUAAAUGAUGGCCGUGAGACAUGGGGAACUGGAGCAGAUUUUCUUCUUUCCAUAAUCGGUUUUGCUGUUGAUCUCGCUAACGUCUGGAGAUUCCCUUACCUUUGCUACAGGAACGGUGGAGGUGCUUUUCUGAUACCAUACAUGCUGAUGUUAAUCUUCGGUGCGGUACCACUCUUCUACAUGGAACUCAUCCUCGGGCAAUACAAUCGGCAAGGACCUAUCACGCUUUGGAAGAUAUGUCCUCUUUUCAAGGGUGUAGGAUUCUGCGCAGUGAUGGUCGCUUUUUACGUUUCGUUUUAUUACAAUGUUAUUAUUGGAUGGGCUCUUUACUUCCUGAUAUCAUCCGCUAGAUCUGAACUACCCUGGUUACAUUGCGAUAACUCUUGGAAUACGGAACAGUGUUGGGACGCGGCCAAAUCGAAUGAUACAAACAAAACUGACGUCUUGUACCAAGGGCCACUCUCUCAUUUCACACCGGCUUCAGAAUUCUUUCACCGAGCGGUACUGGAGAUGCAACAUUCUGAAGGCCUCAACGAUUUAGGAUUACCAAAAUGGCAACUGGCUAUCUGCUUGGGUAUUGUUUACAUCACGCUCUACUUGUCUCUGUUCAAAGGUGUUAAAAGUUCAGGAAAAGUUGUAUGGAUGACAGCUACGAUGCCGUAUGUUGUGUUGUCGAUUCUUCUUGCAAGAGGUCUCCUAUUGCCGGGCGCUACCCGAGGCAUUGCUUAUUACUUGAACCCAGAAUUGGCUAGAUUGAAGGAUACCCAGGUAUGGGUGGACGCUGCUGUUCAAAUCUUCUACUCGGUCGGUGCUGGGUUUGGUGUCCACCUGUCUUAUGCGAGCUACAACACGUUCCAUAAUAACUGCUACAGGGACUGUCUCGUAACAACUCUGGUUAACUGCUUCACAUCUUUCUUCUCCGGCUUCGUCAUCUUCACGUAUCUGGGUUUUAUGUCUCAUAAACAAGGCGUACCAAUUUCAUCCGUUGCUACUGAAGGUCCCGGCUUAGUUUUUCAAGUAUAUCCCGAAGCAGUUGCCACACUACCCGGAGCGAGUCUGUGGGCUAUGCUGUUCUUCUUUAUGCUGAUCAUGUUGGGGUUGGAUUCUGGAAUGGGUGGUCUGGAGUGCGUGAUCACUGGACUGCUGGACGAGGCUCGCGCGUGUGGUGCGACCUGGCUGCGCCGCGAGCACUUCACACUGCUCGUCGUGUGCGUCUCCUUUUGCGUCGCCUGCAUCAACAUCACACCGGGAGGCAUAUACAUGUUCCACUUGUUGGACACAUAUGCCGCUGGAAUAUCAUUGCUAUGCUCAGCGCUUUUUGAAGCUUUGGCUGUAUCAUGGUUUUAUGGAUUGAAGAGAUUUUCGGACGACGUGGAGGAAAUGCUGGGAUUCAGGCCAGGAUUAUAUUGGAGGAUAUGCUGGAAAUUCGUCAGUCCUAUUUUCAUAAUUGGUGUAGUGGUCUUCGGUCUGCUGUACCAGCAGCCUCUCCAAUAUCAGCAUUACAUGUAUCCUCAAUGGGCUGUCAUACUCGGCUGGGGGUUAGCCUGCUCCUCUAUUCUGAUGAUCCCGCUGGUGGCUAUAUAUAAACUUAUCAGCACACCUGGUACUUGCAAACAGCGUAUAGCAUGUUGUAUAUCACCGGAGUCGGAACACGAAGCGAUACGCGGUGGAGCGCCUGUGAGUCGCUUCACAUGGCAACACUGGUUUUACGUUUAGACAAAUAUCUCUGGACA